AUGGGCAUCAAAUCAACUUCUACAACUUCAUCUUCGUCAUCUUCGUCAUCUUCGGUAAGAGCUAGCUUUCCUGUUGAAGAACAACACAAAACUGGACCUUUUAAGUACCAAAAUCUGUUCGAAAGAAAUGAAAAGCGUGACCUUACUCCUGCAAUCGGUACUGAGUUUCUUAAGGGAAGCAUUAAUUUAAGGAACAUAAUCCAAGCAGCUAAUGCUGAUGAGCUCUUGCUAGAUUUAGCGGUAUACGUAUCACAAAGAGGUGUCUUAUUUUUUAGAGAUCAAGAUAUCACACCAGAGGAGCACUUAUUCCUAGUUUCAAAAUUAAGCUCAUUGACACGCCAGCAAGAAGCUGUCUUUCAUGUGCAUCCCAUGACCACUAGGACAAAAUAUGGUGAUAACUUUGUACGAAUAUUCUCUGACCUCAAUGAUGUUUAUAAAGGGGGCAAAAGAGAGCGAACUCAAAGAGGAACGGGCACAUGGCAUACUGAUCUUAGUUAUGAAAAGAGACCGGCCGACUACAGUGCGUUACAAAUAAAACAAGUACCUGCAGAUGGAGGUGGUGAUACAUUAUGGGCUAGUGGAUACGCCGCAUAUGAAAAAUUAACUCCAGUUUUGGCUGAAUUUUUUGAAAAAUUAACAAUUCAUUCAGAUUGGACUUCUAAUCUACUUCAAUUUAAUGAUGCUUCUGGUGAACAAUACAAAACCGAAAGAGGUUUAGAAAAUGUUGGUCGUAAAGUCACUUCGGAUCAUGCUCUUGUUCGCACUAACCCCGUCACAGGGUGGAGAUCUUUGUAUUUCAGUAUAAUACACAACAAAUACGUAAAUGAAUUAAAUAUUGAUGAAUCUGAUGCACUUCUUGAAUUUUUGGCUCGCCAUUUGACAGAAAAUCAUGAUAUUCAAGUAAGAAUUAGGUGGGAAGAAAAUGAUGUGGCGAUUUGGGACAACCGUUCUACAUUUCACACCGGUACUUUUGACUACGGUGGCUUCAGGGAAGGGUAUAGAGUUACUACUUUAGGUGAAGUUCCAUUCUUUGAAAAAGAAUCCAAGACAAGGUCUGAAUCACUCAAAAAUGAUUUCAAGAAUAUCUCAAGUAUAAAAAAAUGA